ACUGCCUGCCCCUCUCCCUCUGCUUAUAUCACAUUUCUCUGUCCUACCAGGUGCCCAUGGGCUGGACAAUGAGGUUGGCCACAGCAGCCCUGUUUCUGGGUCUCACGCUGGUGGUCAAUGGAGUGGAUGAAGAGAACAAUGCUUGUACCUAUGAGGCCUUGCCGGACAACGACGCUGUCCUCUGCAAGGGCCUCCAAGUUUUCUACCCAGAGUUGGGGAACAUUGGCUGCAUGUUUGUUCCCGACUGCAACAACUACAGACAGAAGAUCACCUUGUGGAUGGAGCCCAUCGUCAAGUUCCCCAGGGCGGUGGAGGGUGCAAGCUACAUUCUGGUGAUGGUGGAUCCAGAUGCCCCUAGCAGGUCUUCUCCCAAAUACCGAUUCUGGAGACACUGGCUAGUGACUGACAUCAAGGGCAGUGACAUGAAGAAAGGAAAGAUUAAGGGCCAGGAGCUAACAGCCUACCAGGCCCCCUCCCCGCCAGCAGAAAGUGGCUUCCAUCGCUACCAGUUCUUCGUCUAUCUUCAGCCAGAGAAGUCCAUCUCUCUCCUUCCCAAAGAAAAUAAAACUAGAGGCUCUUGGAAUAUGGACACAUUUCUGAAUCGCUUUCACCUGAGUGAACCGGAAGCAAGCACUCAGUUUGUGACCCAGAAUUACCAGGACUCACCAGAUUUCCUGGCGCUCAGUGGCGGAAAAACCAUUGAAACCAAGGAAAAUUCCAAAAAGAGGUAAACGCCUUCCAGACCUCAAACUUCACCUUGCAGGUGUCCACUUGUCCAGCACC